GGACCCUUUUCAUCUUUCCCUUUUUAGCUUCUUCCUCUUGAAUCAAAUGCUUCACAUCGGCUUCAAUUCCCAAGAUCAGACAACCUUAAUCGUCUUGUCUUCCGUCUUUAAUUCGUCCCCAGUUUCUUCCUGCAUGUGUGGAGCUUCCCUACUUCAAUUCAUCGAAACCAUAACUAAUUCAAUUCUUCAUCAAUCCUCAUGAAACGGACAUCAGAUCUCUAUUGCUAUCGAUAUCUCAAUCUAGAAGCUUUCAUUCUUGAAUAACUUAUCAAGAACAAUCGGUUCUAAUUUCUAUAAGAUCGAGGAGAUAUGAACACUUUUUCACAUGUACCUCCUGGUUUCCGGUUCCAUCCAACCGAUGAAGAACUUGUUGAUUACUACCUUAGGAAAAAGAUCAACUCAAGAAGGAUCGACCUAGAUGUCAUUAGAGAUAUCGAUCUUUACAAAAUCGAGCCAUGGGAUCUUCAAGAGCUGUGCAGCCUAGGUACCGAAGAACAAAACGAAUGGUAUUUUUUUAGUCAUAAAGAUAAGAAAUAUCCAACUGGAACUCGCACGAAUAGAGCUACAACAGCAGGAUUCUGGAAGGCUACAGGAAGGGAUAAGGCAAUUUACUCGAAGCAAGAUUUGGUUGGGAUGAGAAAGACAUUAGUCUUUUAUAAAGGUCGUGCUCCCAAUGGACAAAAAUCAGACUGGAUAAUGCAUGAAUAUCGCCUUGAAACUGAUGAAAAUGCAACCACAACUCAGGAAGAAGGAUGGGUGGUUUGUAGGGUGUUCAAGAAAAGAUUACCGACAAUGAGGAGAGCAAGUGAACAUGAAUCGCCAAUUUGGUAUGAUGAUCAUCACGUCUCGUUCAUGCCAGAAGUUGAUUCGCCAAACCAAAACAACUCUCAAUCGCACUUGGUUAACCAUAAUUACCAAUACCCUUAUGGUUCUUGCAAGAAAGAAUUAGAUCAGCUUCAAAAUUACCAGAUUACCCCUGAUCACUUCCUCCAACUCCCUCUAUUAGAGAGUCCAAAACUGCUCCCCACCUGUAAUUCUUCCAUGCCCAUGUAUGGUGUUAACAUAAACCAUGCUGGAAGUAUCAACUAUCACUCAUCCUCACUCACACAAGAUAAAAACAACAACAACAACAAUAUUCAUGAUAAUCAGGAUCAAAAUGUAAACAAUCCAGUUAUGGAUUGGCGAGUUCUUGACAAGUUUGUCGCAUCACAGUUGCUUAGCCAAGGUGAUGUUUCAACGAAGGAAAAUAAUUACUCGAAUGUGAAAGAGAACAGUCCCAUCUUCCAUUCACACAAUGAUCAUGACGAAUCAAAUUCUGAGCUCAUCACACAUCUGAACAAGCAAGAACACGAACUGUUGAGCGUGCCAGAAGAUGAUGCAUCAAAUUCUAUCUCCAGUUGUCACAUAGAUCUGUGGAAAUGA